CGGGCGAGGAAGGCAGGAAGGCAGGGAGGGAGGAGGCGGAGGCCGGGCGCAGCAUGCCCUGGAGGGCCCCGGGCCACCACAACCCGGGGGAAGAGGAGGAUGUACGUGGGCUACCUCUUGGAUAAGGAGGCCAGCAUGUACCCCAACCCGGCCCGACCCCCGGGCCUCGGCCUGCCCGCGCAGAACUACGUGCCCGUGGGGCCCCAGUAUCCGGAGUUCGCGGGCUACCAUCACCCCCACCACCCGCACGCCCACCAUGUGCCGGGCCUGGGCGGAGACCCCCACGCCGGGCAGCCCUCGGGGCCCGCCUGGUCCUCGCCCUACACGCCGCCGCCCCCCAAGGAGGACUGGCACCCCUACGGCCCGCCGGGGGGCCCCUCGGCCAACGCCGCCGGCCAGCUGGGCUACGGCCCCGCCGACUUCAGCAGCAUGCAGCCCACGGGCCUCCUGCCGCCCCCGCCGUCCAUGGGCGCCCCCGGAGGUCCGCAGCUCUCGCCCGGCGCCCAGAGGCGCACCCCCUUCGAGUGGAUGCGGCGCAGCGGGACCGCCGCCGGAGGCGCCGCCGGACACAGCGGCAAGACCAGAACAAAAGACAAGUAUCGUGUUGUGUACACAGAUCAUCAACGUUUGGAACUAGAGAAGGAAUUUCACUACAGCCGCUACAUCACUAUCCGGCGGAAAGCAGAGCUGGCAGCAACUCUGGGACUCACUGAGCGGCAGGUGAAAAUAUGGUUCCAGAAUCGGAGAGCAAAGGAGAGGAAAGUGAACAAGAAAAAGAUGCAGCAGCAGACUCAGCCUGCCAGUACCACCACUCCCACCCCACCAGCAGUUGGCACACCAGGUCCAAUUGGAGGCAUCUGCAGCAGUACCACCAACCUAGUUUCCUCAUCUCCAAUGACUAUCAAGGAAGAAUUUCUGCCUUAAGUUGAGCCCUUCAAUUUGACCUGCAGAUAAACUUAUGUAGAAAAAAGUAUGGAUCGAUCCUGAGAACUAAACUAGUUGGCAGGUUCUUGAGACCCAGCAAGAAUGCAGUCACUGCUAAACCAAUGAAAUCACUUCGUUUACACCCAGUGUGUUAUUGGUAUAAUACCACUUGGAAAAAUAUUUUUAUUAACUCAUUCAUAAGGAUGAAUUUUUAUUUUACUUAAAGAAGGGAUUUGCUGCUUGGAUAGUUAGCCAUGGGAGGAAACAGGAAGAAAUAGACAACCAGGGCUUACAAGAAUUGUUCCAGGAUCAUGUCUAGCCUGGACUAUAGUCAGCAUUCAGACCUGGAUCAUAAGGGAAGAGCCAGGAUUGAGUUUGUGAGGACAACCAUUCCCAACAAUAUCGCAUCCAUAAAGGAAACUUGGCUGGAUCACACAAGAGGCCAAGCUUGAGUCGUUCUGGUAUUUGUAUAUUAGGAGCUAAGGUCAAUAAAAUGAGGUCCAGUAGGUAAGAGCAAAACACAACAGAAGUGGUUAUAACCUGACUAUAUGCAAGUUAUGAGGAGAGGGAAGUAGUCCUGAAUAAGACAACAAAGCAGGCUGACAUGCAGCAUGUUUUUUUAAUAGUAAAAAUUAAGAAUUUUAAUAGUCCAUAUAUUACACACAGAAUAACAUUUUAGCAGUCUCAAGUACAAACAUGGCUCACUUUCUAUGAGAGCUUGGAAAUGUUACUUUUUGAACUGUUGCUCCCAGAACAUCUAGUCACAGCAUAACAAUUUUAAACUGAUUCCUAGAGGUGGAACACUAGAACGUAGGACAACCGUGUAGUCAUUUACAGGCUUCUGUUCACCCUUUUUGUUUGUAUCAUGGCUCUUCACGAUGUUUAAUAUGCUGAGGAGAUUAUAUCCCAACAAGUCCCAUCCUGAUUUACUGUAUUGGUCUAUACUUGCAUUUUGAUAUAUAGGCUUGCUUUCAAAUAAUUCAGAUGAGCAAUGAUAAUUUUCCAGCAUGACCAGUGUGCCAGGAUUCUAGGAACUGAAAUCCCAAACAUCUGAAGAACCAAAGGCUGAGAAUUCCUCCCUGGGGUGAGUGGGUGGGUGGGUGGCUUAGAAACAUUAAAAAUGCUUACAAGGGCUUCCUGCACACAGCCUUAAGUGCAUGGUUAGCAAUGCACUUAUUGUAUUAACCGCACAAACAGACUAGACAACACUCAUGUACUUCAUAGGAUAUAUCCGACACUGGAAACACAGAUCACACUAUACGUGCCUUUUACCCAUCCUCUGGCUUGCAACAGCUUUCAGGGAUCUGAGACAGAAAUAGGUCUUUCUAUUAUCUAUUAUCUCAUGUUCUUUACUAGAUAUGCCUGAGCCAAACCUGGGUUAUUUGGCAUAUAAAAACACAUUUUAUCAUUGAGCUACCAAUGUCUUUUCUGCACUGCUGUAAUGGAGUCAGGACUUUCUAGGGCAGUGCCAAAUGUUGCCUAUUGCUCUACACUUUCUUAGACUUUUCUAUUCUCUCUGAGUUUAGCUGAAAUUCUCAAAGAGAGGUGGAUAGUGGAUAUUCUGUAGCUUCAGACUUCAGCACCUAAAUGGUUGAAAAUGGGAAGGAAUCAUGAAAACACAAAUGAAGUAACUGAUCUUUUUUUUUUAAAAGGAUCCACUCAUAACUGGAAGGGACUGAAGUGGGAAUUUGGAGCACACAUGUCUUGUAUUUGUAGCACUAACAGAAGCAAAUAAAAUCAUUCAAGAGAAA